CAAAUGCACACACAUGCAUGCACACAAACUUGUUUAGAAUUUAACAUGUGCUGUCCUGGAGCUUUCAUUUUAUUUGUGCAUAAUAUUGUACAUGAAUGGAUUUCUGAAGCACUAACACUGAGUGCAAAGAAUAAUAUGAAUAAUACACACCAGAAAUAAAUCACUGCCCAUAUGGCUGUAUACAAGCCUUUGAAGAGAAGAUUUGGGCCACAUUUUAUAUCUCUAACUAAGCUGUAAUGGAUCUGAAAGAAAAAAAACAAACUUGGGUCACUAGUGAACUGAGCCUAGAAUGGGUUAACUUGUUCCAGUUAGAGAAGGAAAUGGGAGGAGACUGGCACUCUGACGACACUGCUGAAAGAGAAACUAAAAGGAGGAAAAGAGCCGAGCCGUGUGUUUUUACUUUCCUUUACAGAUCUGAAAGAUUUAGAAAAACCUACACACACCAGAUAUGGCUUCCGCUAGUAGUCUAAUGGCUGUGGAGAAUUUCCUUUGUUCCAUCUGUCUGGAUGUGUUCACUAAACCUGCAUCGAUUCCGUGUGGACACAACUUCUGUCUUAAGUGUAUCACAGACUACUGGGACACUAACAAUAUUGUAUUCCAAUGUCCACUGUGUAAAGAGGAAUUCUGCAGCAAACCAAUGCUUCGAGUCAACACUUUCAUUGCUCAGAUGGCUGCAAAGGUCAAGACACAUGCUCAAGAAAAAUCUUGUGAAACUCCUGAACAAGCAGGAAAUGGAAAUGUGCUCUGUGAUAUCUGUACAGGGGCAAAGCUCACAGCCCUCAAGUCCUGUUUAGUGUGUUUCAUGUCUUACUGCGAAACGCAUCUGGAGCCUCAUCAGAGAAUUUCAGCCUUGAAGAAACACAAGCUGAUACACCCAGUUGAAAACCUGGAGAGCCGGAUAUGCAAGAAGCAUGAUGAGCCUUUGGAGCUGUUUUGCAGGGUGGAUCAAAUGUUUCUGUGUGGGUCCUGUAAAGACAGGGACCAUAAAACCCAUAAGAUAGUGAGUUUGGAGGAGGAGGCUCAAAUGAGGAGAGCCCAGCUGGAAACAGAAAUGAAAAGCUCAGAUCAGAUGAUCCAGGCGCGUCAGCAGAAAAUUCAGGAGAUUCAACACUCAGUGGAGGCUAGCAAAAAUAACGCAAGGAAGGCGCUGUCAUACAGCACGCAUGUGAUGGCUGCUGUGGUGGACUACAUUAAGAAAAGCCAAGCUGAGCUGACUGAGGUAGUUCAGACAAAGCAGAAAUUAAUUGAAACAGAGACAGAAGGCUUCAUUAAAGAACUGGAGGAAGAAAUUACAAAAAUAAAGCAGAACAACUUGCAGCUUAAUCAGGUUUCACUCACCAACGACACCUUCAUAUUCCUUGAGAAUUUACUUUCUCUUACCAUCACUCCGCCCCAGGUUAAGGACUGGUCUGGUGAGAAGAUUCACAGUGAACAGUUUACUGUGCAGGGAGCCUUGACCAAGCUGGAGACAACAGUGAUGACAGAAAUAAGGACGCUGUGUGAUCCCAACUUGAAAGAAAUGCAGCAGCAUGCUGUGGAUGUGAGUCUAGAUCCUGACACAGCAAAUCCUUUUCUCAACGUUUCUAAAGAUGGGAAACAAGUCACGCAUGGCGACAGAAAGAGGAAUCUCCCAGACAAACCAGAGAGGUUUGAUAAUGUCCUUAAUGUCCUUGCAAAGGAGGGUUUCUCCUCAGGAAAGUUUUACUAUGAGGUCCAGGUCAAAGGCAAAACACAAUGGGAUUUAGGAGUUGCAAACCAGUCCAUCAACAGGAAGGGCGAUAUAAGAUUGAGCCCUAAGAACGGAUACUGGACCAUCUGGCUGAGAAAGGGAAAGGAGUUUACAGCCAAUGCCGGACCUGCCAUUUACCUCCAUGUAAGGGAGAUGCCUCAAAAGGUUGGGGUGUUUGUUGAUUACGAGGGGGGUCAAGUUUCCUUCUAUGAUGUGGACUCCAGGGCUUGCAUCUUCUCCUUCACCGGAUGCAACUUCACAGAGAAGCUCUUUCCGUUCUUCAGCCCCUGUUCAAAUGAUGGCGGCAACAAUUCUGCCCCCUUGAUCAUUACUCCUGUCUACAACAGCUGAGUUUUUGUUAUGUUUUCUGGGUCUGUGAAAGAAAAGGAGACAAAGUGAGGGACUUGGAGAGAGAUCACAAAUGUAGAACACUGACAUGUUUUUAUCUGGUUUAUCUGUGAAACUCCACUGUGUCAUUCUGUUUCUCCCAUCCAUCACUGUCAGAGCUGUGUGUCACUUUGUGUGUCGCCUGCCUCACACAAACAGCUAUAGAUCUCCAACAGAGUCCCCAUGCAGCCAUCAGGACAUUCACACAAACAAACACACACACACUGAUCGCUAGGUUGGAAAACAAAACAAUUAUGAUCUGGCCACUUUAUGUGAUACUUUAAUUGUGAUACUUUAAAGCUUUAAAUAUUUUACAGCAUUUGUUUUGUGCUUCUUUGAGUGUCACAUAUCAGGACUACUUGUGACAUGAUGGAUGGGCUUGAUACCUAUGGCAGGUUGAAAUAACUAACUGUGUUAAAAAAAAAAACACUUUGACCUACAUGAGAUACACCUCAGGACAGCAUAUACACAGAUGAACCCCACUACACAACCUGCAAUGGAAAAUAAAACAGCACUCUAUGGUAAUGACUUAACAGCAUACAGAAAAUAUUAAAAGAAAUAAAAUUACUCAAGGGUAGUUAGUGAAUGGAUCACAAUACUGGAGCCUGACAGGCACAUAAUGCCAUGUCCUCUAAUUAAAAUUAGCCAAAGCUAAAAGGUGCAGGCUUUCCAAGUUCAAACGCAGCAAAACUGUCUGAUUAGGAGAGACUUAAGCAACCGUUUAUUGAGCAGAGCCAAUUAAAGUGUAUGUGCUUGUUGAUGUAUACCAUUUAAUUUUGGGUGGGGGGGAGACUGUUAGCAUCCAUUAUGUCAGCAAGUGCCCCAAAUCAACAGCAAGUGACAAAGCCCUUUAGCAGCCAUAGCAAUUACGAUGGGAAGGAUUAAGUUAGGUAGUGUUGAUAUAAAACGAAGGAAGUUGGGGGUGGAUGAAUACGUCAACACAAUGUACUUUAACGCGGGAAAUCACUGUUUAAGGCAUAAUCAUUAUUGUCCCUGAAUCUUAACCAUGUGUUUAUUACUGUAACCAUCCCCAAACCUUAACAAAGUAUGUGUUCUAACCCUGUUGGUAGAGGCAUCAAAUCAGAAAACGCUUCUAUGUGUCAUAUUAGGCUAUUCUGUUGUUACUUUGAGGACUUUUUUUAUGUCAUGAUUGUUUUGCAUUUCUUAAAUGAGGCUUUUUCUAAUCUCAUCUGAGACAUUACACACAUGAUAUACAUGUAGAAAUCUUGACUAAGUCAUGAAUCGUCUAUAUUAAUGCUGAAAGAAAUACUAAAUUAAAUGAUUAGAUAAUAAACAGAAAAUGAAUCAUCAACAAUUCUGACAGUUGAUCUGUUAUUAGUAAGUAUUAAAGUAGUAGUAUAUAAAAUGCCAAACAUUUGAGGGUUUGGGGAAUGCUUUGCUGCUGUUCUCUCUUAUAUAUAUCACUGUAAAGUAAAUAAUUUUUUUCUAACAUUUUAUUACAGUUUUAAAUGAUUAACUGACAAAAUAAUUUAACAGAUUGUUUAAUAAUGAAAAUGCACCCCUUGUUUGUAUACUGUACUGCCUUGUGUUGGAAAGAUUAAAAAGCAUCUAAUGUUCACUGUCUGAGAUGCAAUAAGGGGGUAAAAAAAUAAAGGUGAUUUAGGUUGCAAGCA